CUCGCGUCUCUCGCCGUCCGCGUGACCCGGGCCCCGCCUCCCGCGCUGCCGCCGCCCGCCGGAUAAAGAGUUGAAGAAUCACGAGUUAAAAUGAAUAGCCAAGAGGCUGAUAUGCUUCGGUGUUGGAAGUGUAGAAAAUAUGUAGCAAAUUCUGAUUGCCUCAUUAAAUGUCAUGGGAAACAACAGUGUGAAUUUUCAACUGCUGCUCAGAAUACUUGUAAUGUCUGGCACAUGAACUUAGAAGACCUUCCUGACUGGGUAAAAUGUGCUAUUGAAAAGGCACAGUGGACGAUUGGAAAACUGAACUGCCCAUUCUGUGGGACCCGUCUGGGGGGCUUUAACUUUGUUCGCAACACAAAAUGUUCCUGUGGUCAAUUUGCAAAUAUACAUUUCUGCAAGAGUCGGACUGAUUUUCAGCCAGCUUGUUCAGUUAAACUCCCAAGAUCAUCAUUAAAACACUUGUCACUUUGUAAAGCUCAGUCUGGUUUUAACAAGAAAAUCCAACACAAAGUGACAGGUGGAACUUUGGAAAUCAGAAAUCCAGGGAUUUCAUACAUGACCAAAAAUUAUAAUGGAAGUGGAAGAUUAACAGAAGCACUUUGCCUAGAGGUGCGAGCAACCAACUUUGAUAUAAAUAGUAGAAAACCACACUUUAAGGUGUUCAAUCAAAAAAAGAGUAUUUCAGCUUCCUGGCCUGUGAAUGAUAUACAUUUGAUAAAAGCUUUUCAUAGAAAAUCACAUAGUUUGGAUUUGAACAUCAGAGAGAAACUCAUUUUGUUGCCUAAUUUAUGUGGAACUUCAGGUAAUGGACCUAUUUAUCACAGGCAAAAUGAUACACAGCCCAUUUACCCAAACAGUAAUUUGCAAUUAGAGUCCAGUAGAGAGAAUUCCUUUCAGGGCCUAUAUAGUUUUGAUGCUGAUGAACUGUCAAAAAGGUUUUCAGUUACUUCCUGUAAUGCAUUAACACAAAGGGGGACAGAAUGUGAAUGUGGUUUCCAAGCAUCUGAACAAUGUUCUGGGAGUGCCACUGCUGACCAGCUACCUUCUGUGAUGGAUCUGUUUCCAUCUGCAAGUUCUGCAGAAGAUGAUGACACUGGACAGGAGAAUAUCACACCAGUUGAUCAGGAACCUGCCAGUAUCUCCUUAGUUACUGUCCACCAAAAAAAGCUAAGCAAAAGAGAGAGAAACAAAUUGAAGAGUUUGAGGAGAAAACAAAGGAGGCGUGAGAGGUGGCUACAGAAGCAGAUUUCAAAUGAUAAUGUCAACACAGAUGAUGAGCAUGAACACAGAGGAGAUAAAGAAAGUUUCCUUUGUGCAGUGUGCCUGGAUGUCUAUUUCAAUCCAUACAUGUGCUAUCCAUGUCGCCACAUCUUUUGUGAGCCUUGCUUAAGGAUGCUUGCCAAAGACAACCCAACCAGUACUCCAUGUCCACUGUGUCGCACAAUAAUUGCAAGAGUCUUUUUCCAAUCAGAACUGAACAACUCUACAAAAUCUUUCUUCCCUUCAGAAUAUUUGAAAUUAAAAGAAAAUUUUCAAAAAUCAAGUUCUGCAAAAUGGCCUCUGCCCAGCUGCAGAAAAGCAUUCAGAGUUUUUGAAGCAGGUUUUCAAAGGCACGCAGAUCCUGUAGCAAGAAGACAUUUCCCACAUGCUGCUCACCGGAUGGACUAUAUGGAUUUUGAGGAUGAUAGCCGUGGAUGGCGCUUUGACAUGGACAUGGUGAUAAUUUACAUUUAUUCUGUCAACUGGGUAAUAGGAUUCAUUAUUUUCUGUUUUCUAUGCUACUUUUUCUUUCCUUUUUAGGACACAGUAAUCACAGUUUAGCAAACUUGAGCAAUCGUACAAACCAAGAUAAUGUGACUAGAAAUACCUUAAAAUAAGAAUGCAUAUUUUCUUUAUAUGGAGUUUUAAAUCAUUCAGAAUUGUAUUAGGCUGCAUCAAGUACUAUAUGGGUAUAAUGAUUUAAUUACUUGAUGCUUCUGCUAUUAGCAACAAUAACCUGAGCUGCAUUUAUAGCAUAAGCCACAUUGCAGUCAUUGUCAUUGAUUUUACCAGAGCCAGAAUUACAGCCAUUACACACAAAGUUACUGCUAUGUCGAAAUGUACAUAGCAUUUUGUUUUUGGAUCCAUAUCUGGCUCCAUGUUGACAUAUUGUGCAACAGUAGUGUAAGUAAGAGCGGUAGGACUGGCACACUAGCUGGAGCACCAAAUUGGGGGUGGGGACCCAAAAAUAGCAGCCACUGUGCUGCUGGCCCCAUCACCACCAAAAGUCCAGCUGCAGCUCUGCCCAGUGUGCAACCACCAAGGGCACAGACCUACCCUGUUAUGCUUCUGAUGUGCCACAUUACAGAAGUCACCACACCUUCUGCUGCCUCAUUUUCUUCAGAUAAUGCUAUUUGUUAAGUACUGUAGUCAUCGUUUUAGAGAUCUGCUUAGAAGUAUUAUGAGAGAGGCAAGGAUUUUUGAGGGUGAUAUAUUUUAUUGAGCCAACUACAAAGCUGAGAGAGAUCUUAAAACAAGCUUCUGGCCAAAAGGUACCAAAAAUAUUAUACUACUGUUGCAGUAGGCAUUGCCUAGGUACAUACCAUAACUCCUUAACGGAGAGCAACAGAAUGCUGGAAAACUAAACAUUGAUAAACCUACUUCUACCACCAUUCUGGGAAUAUGUACCUGUCUAGGGAUCGGAUACAGCCCUUUCUCAGCCAUAACUCACUGCCUGAUGUGCUAUGCCUAUUACUUAUGGAAUAAAAGGAAACUGCUUACUGACCUGAAAAAUCGCCUUUUCAAAAAAAAUGGCAGUUGGAAAGGACUUUUUCAUAACCCUAAGAUGUGCACCCACAAGGGACCCAAAGCAGCAAUUCAUCCAGACGGUUAUAUAUAGAUCCAGGAGUCCAUAUAGGGGAAGGAGGCAAAUAGAACAUAGGCCGGGCACAGGCCAGGGGACAUGAUCUUUUAGGGGUAUUGAAACAAAUAUCUUUCUCCAAUGCAAGUUCAAUCUGUAGAUGGCUUCAGGGAAUUAUUAGCAUGUACAAAUUAUUGUAGCAGUCUGAAAAUCAGCCCACACAUUGCCCCACCAAACACCAAUGGCAUAUCUCAAAGUUAGUUAUGUAACAGAAUACAUGUGAGAGGAUCCAAAAUAACUUUAUGGUCAGUAUAUAUGCGGAUCGAUCCCUCUGUAUUAAAAACAUCCGUGUCUGAGGGGGGGGAUCCUGUAUCCAUUUCAUACUAAGUACACCACAAAAUAUUUCUAAAGUAGGUGAAAUGGAAGAAAAAUACCUAUGAACCUCCAAGGUAGGGGGUUCAAUACUGUAGCAGAAUGCAAGUAGUGAAAAAUAGUACAUGGUGGUUAAAAGUCUUAUUCUUGAGAAAAAUAACAGGCAGGUAUUUAAUUUAUUAAGGGGUGGAUUAUAUAAGGUGCUUCAUGUUGUGGCCCUGAUCCAGGAAAGCACACAAGAAUGUGAGUAGUCCCAAUGACUUCAGUUCUUGGAGGGCAUACUUAUGAGGCAAACUCAGGAGCUGUUAGUUAUUCAACAAGCAGCACUCUUUCAGUUGACUUAACACAAAUUAAUUGUGUAGACAAGUACAAGUACCCAUGUUGCUGGAGGUGCUGUCUUUCAGCUGAGACUGGAUUGAAUGAUAUCAUUGGAAUGUAAAAGUAAGUAUUUCCAUAGAUCCUUUUCUGGAUUGGGGCCUGAUUGAUCAGCACUUGUAGAAGCAGAAGUGAUCUGAGCCUUAGACUUCCCUCUCAUCUGAAAGAUGGCACAUACUAGCAUUUAAUUUUCUUCACAGGCUUCAUAAAAUAACUUUGUGAGCAUUAGUUCUUAACUCUUUGAGAAUAUCUCUGCAGAAGUAAAAAUUAACCUUCCUGUCAGCUGCUACAUUUAGGACUGUAAUAGAUGUGGUUGUCAUUUUUAUUACAUAGAUGCAAUAUUGCUCUAAAAGGUACAGAGGUAUAGUAAAUGGAAUUCACUAUAGCAGUAGUUAUGCACAUGAAAGAAAUACUAUAUAUUUGAAGUGUAUCUAGUUGUGUCUGCCUGUAAUAAAGUGGCUUGUACCAUAGGCAGAUGAGCUUUAAAUGUAACAUUUUUCUUCUUGCUUUGAGGUUUUUGUAAAGCUCCUGACACAAUUUCUCCUAUAAUAUUGAUUUAAACCAUCGUUUUAAAGCUAGAUUUUUUAUUGCCUUAGGUUCAUUUGUACAUUACCUGUAACUAUGUAAAUCUGUAUGUACAAGAAAAAUCUCAGCAAGUUUAAAACAUUUUUUUUCUCAGCUAAUGUUUUUAAGCUUACUGAUCAACUGUCCCUGCUUCAGCUAAGACUGUGGGAAGAACCUUUUCAAACAAAAUAAUAUAUUGAGCCUAAAAUUUAAGAUGAAAAGGUGUACCACAAAAUAAUUACUUAGCCAGUAUAACUGAGAAAGUGUUAGUAUGAACUCCGAACAACAACAAAAAUUGCAUUCAAAUUAUUUCAUUCUAUUCAGUCAUUUAACCAGGAUGCUGCUGAGAUGACUAUAAGUGAAUAUUUCAAAAUAUAUUCAUGCAUAAGAAAUCUAAUCCAACCAGACACAACUACACAAGUGUAAUCUUGAUUACAAGAUUUCUAGUAGCAUUUUAUCAUGUAUUUAUUCUGAAAAAGGUACAGGGAGAGAAAAUGUCAAUGUAAUAUUCACCUCUUCUGUAUAAUUAGAACAAAAGAUGGUAAUUGGGAUGGAUACACUUUUUUCUAAAUUUACUAAGAAUGACUAUUAUUUGAGGUAAAAUUAACUUUGUAAUCUAAACACUUAUGAUACACAUGUGUCUGUAUGUCUGUUACUUUGGUUAAUGUUGUUAAUUACAAAGCAUAAUGAGUUAAUAAAAUAUUAAUGAAUGAA